AUGUCGCUAUCACGAGCUUUCACGACGCGCAAGCUCAAGUUGGGCUCUGACGCCGACGGCAAAAAUCCUCAGCGCUCGCACACUCUUCGCCAUAAGAUCUCGGCUCCUGUCCAGCUCGUUCAUACAACCAACAUGCUCUCGUACAAUGCGCCUGACCUGCCUCGAGUCCCUGGCCGCAACAACUCCAGCGACUUGCCUCGAGUGCCUACACGCAUCAACUCUUCGAAAUCUCUAACCGAUUCCGACAGCGUCGAGACCACCGAGUCGACCCCGCCAACCAGCCCGGAUGUUGCUCAAGGAGAGCGCUCGCCUUCUCCCAAGCCGAAUCAUCUUUCGGGAUACUUCAAGCCCGCAACUGCGAGACCCGCGGCUGCAGCACCAGCCGAGCCUGAGCCAACUCCGGCUCCAAUGAUUCCCCAGCGCUCUCCCACUCACACCAAGAAGAACUCGGUCGAUGCCGUCGCCAGGUCACGAUCCAUUACGCGCAUUUCUAGAGACUCCGAGCUGUCGGCUGCGUCCAGGAGUCUUCAGGGCCUCUCCUCCCGCUCUCCGUCUGUGUCAACAAACUCUUCUGCGCCCUCUUCAGCACACUCUUCAAUGCACUCCUCGGUGCAUAAUUCGUCCAUCUCGAGUCGCCUCGCGAAACAGCCUCUGGCUCCUGCUUUUCCUCUGGCCCCCGCGCCCACUACCGUUUCUGCGGCUCCUACGGCUCCCGCAGCCUCGUCUGCGCAACUUUCUAAUGCAACGAGGCGCCACAUAGCUAAGGAUUCGAAUCCUUUUGGAGCAGAGCUGGCCCAAGUGACGGAGCUAGCGGAGGAAUUCAGCUCCAGGAGCCAGCGGGAGCAAAUGGAGGAGGAUGUGGCAUACAUGCGCUCCAACAACCUCGUCAGGCUGCGCACCGACGACUAUCUGAGCAUGGUUCAAAGCCUGUCGUCCAUCUUCUUCUCAGAGCCCAGUCACCCGGCUCCCAAGGCUGCAGCACCGCUCUGGAUUUAA